AUGUCUAUGACAAAAGUGGUGAGGCUGGAAGAUGUGGAGCCCAGGGAAACCUUCAGUUCACAGUUUACACAGAGCAAAAGUGCUCUUGUUGCCAGCUCCCAGUCAUUACAAGUGGCCAGUACAAGCGGCUCAGAUCAAGAUGCAAAUGAUCUAGAGUUAAUUGAAGCUGAAGACAAAGUGUUUCCACUGCCAGAAAAUUGGCCCAAAAUACGAAAGCUGCUGCGUAGAAAGAGUUGUGAACUUGUACAAACAACCUCCCCAUGUGUGAAGAAGGCAGUGUCUCAUCUGGAACUUAUUCAGAACAUUAUAGAGGAAUGGUUUAGAGAACGUGAGGAAGAGAAUAGGAGUCGUGCAUCUAUGCAUGAAGCCGGAAGCAGAAAACAGCUGAGAUUUGCAAGGUCCAGUGAGGAUGGUUCAAAAUUUCUUUCCAGUGCGAAAACUCGCAGCUCUAUGACAUCAGUGCCAUCAUCUGCAGGGUCUCUUGCCAUCAGGGGUACAGGGGUUAACAAAGAUGAUGACUACGAAGGCCUGGAUGUACCGUUUCUUGGUGCUGAGGAAGUUGUGGAUGAAGUCAUCACCUUGCUGGCCCGACUAGAAAAUGAUCGUCAAGAAGUGAUCAACAGACUGGAGCAAGAAAAAGAAAAAGUCAUCCGACUAAAUGGGAAAAUAGAUCGUCUCUGUCUCAAACGCUUGGUGGAAAUGCCAGCUGUUGUCCAGAAAGAACACGAGGCAUGUAUCAUGGACCUGAAUGAGUUACAAUGGCAUGUUGCCUACGCCACUAGGAAUGACAAGCGCAUGCAGGAUCGAUGUAACAUAGCAGAGGUUCUAAACUCCAGACUUAUUGAGGACAUAGCCUUCGUCAAGAAACACAUACCUUUGGUUGAAGAAAAAUUAGAAUUGGAAUUGGAGGCUAUGGCCAGAAUAAAAAAUGCACAAACUGAGACUGUCACUGAACUUGACACCACUACACAGCGACAGGAGAAAACAGCAUCCAAGUCCAGCGAGGCAAUGCAGAAAGCUGACACUGAGCGAUCACAUAUCAAACGAGAACUGGACACGGUCAAAGAUGAAUUGACCACUAUAAGUGAGGAGCUCUCAGAGGCUAAAAUGACCCAUAAUGCUUAUACCCAUCAAAUCAACGACACCAACCAACAACUCAGGGACAAUGAACAGGAACUGACUGUGUUAGAGGUCAGAUAUGAGAAUGCCAAGGUCGCUGAGGAGAUGCAGUCUAGAAAAGUCACUGAGUUGCAGUCCAAGAUAGCCGAAGCAGAGUUUGAGCGUGAGCGACUGGAAAAUGAGAAUGCAUCGCUUUUACAGGAGAUGAAUUCAAAGAAAAGUUCCAAUGACCACAAAAUAGCAGAACUUGAGACCAAAGUGAAGCAACAUGACUCCAAAUUGCGGACUAUCCUUCUAAAGAACCAAGAAGCUGAAAUGGAAGUACACGACUACCAAGACAAGAUUAAAGAUUGUGAGCGACAGAAGGUGGCCGAUGAGAAGAACGUGGCUCGUAUCCACAAGGAGAGAAUGAAACUUCAGCAACAGAUGACUGUUACUAUGGAGGAGUACCACAAAGUUCAGCAUAUCAACACCAGUAUCCGGGACCAGCUUCAGAAUGAACAGGAAAAGGCAUUCAAGUCGGAGGAGAGCCUUAAGGUGACUGUAGAAACACUCCGGCGACAGGUGAAGGAUGAAGUACACACUAGAACCGUUCUUACUGCACGUAUCACUUCUGACUCCACAGAACUAACCAGAGCCAAAGGAGAAACUAGUCAAAGGAGAGAGAAGGCUAAAAAGGUAGCCACUGAAGUGGACGGGUUAGUGGACGAGGUGCUGGUCAAGGUUAAGAAACUCCGCACGGCCAAAAAAGAAAAUAAUGAGAAAAAGGACCACUUGACUGCACAGCUGCAAAACACAAAGAAACAACACGAGGAGUCGCAUAAAACUUUCAAAUCCAAGAUCAAUGGAAUAGAGCCGCACCAUGACCACCUCAAGAAUGAAGUGCUUGGGUUGGAUAAAAGGUUAGAUCAUAUGUCCUGGAAAACAGACUUGAUGAACAAGCAGAUGGAUGAUUGGGACAGGGAGCAAACAACAAUGGAUAGACUUGUCAGCAACACACAAAAGGCCAUCGUAGACUUCACUGAGCGCUUGGAAGAGGUCAAUAUCCAACUGAAAACGAACACGAAGUUAGAUGAAGAUCUCAAACUGGAUUAUGAAAAUCUGUUAGCUCGGAUUCAUGAUAAUGAUAAAAACCAUAGAGACUUCCUGGAGGACAGAAAAAGAUUUUUGGAAGACUCUCAGGGUGAUCAAUCACGCCGACUUGAGCUGAAUAAGAAGUUAGCAUCAAAGUAUAGGCAGAUGCAGAAUGAUUUCAUUGUGAUGAAGGACAAGAUACUUAACACCUAUGAGGAGAGAGUCAAGCUGGAAGAAGCAAUUAAAGACUGUAAACAGCUGCAAGCCUUGCAGCAGAGGAUGCAUGGUGCUAUGCUGGAGUACUUCAAGUACAGGGAACUGUACAACAAGUCCGAGCUGCGUCGCAUGCAGAGUGAGUCUAAAAUAAAUGGUAUCUGUGUGGCUGAUCUUCAGACUCAGAUGGAAGUUGCACUGAAGAACAUCACGACCUUUAUGCAGACCGAGAUGGAUGGAAAAUCAGCACGACGUGUUGCAUGGGAGAUGAUCAAGGCACACCAGGACAGGGAGGAGGAGAAAGAGAGAAGGUUAGGGCUCAAUCUACGAGGAGCCUCCCCUGUUAUACCACCUAUCCGCCAACAGCCUGUACAGGUCUAACUCUGCUGUGUGAUAUCAGAUCAUAAAGUCCUUAAUCAAUG